AUUCUAACCUGCAUUCUCCACGUGUAGAAUUAAUUCCUCGACUGGUGAAUAAUUCAAGAGGACAUCAUUUACAAAACUGUGCAUUUACAGCAUACAUUGGUAUUAAUUAUAACACACGCGUGAAAUAAAAAUUUAAACAAAUAUAACUGUGGAAUAUGUAUAUGACUCUGUCUGACAGCUUACUGAUGAACACUGCUUUAUAUACUGUCAUUGAUGAUUCAGCCGCAGAGUUUAGGACAAUAGAGGGAUUAAAUUAUUUAAAAAACGCGAAUUUAUCUUCUAGUCAUACAUGAUAUCGAAAAUUUAAAUGACUCGAAUAGGUAUAGUAAUAAAUAUCUCGUCCCUUGUAAAUUUUAUUGCCUUUGUUUUAAAUUCUGUAAAUAAAUAAAAAGAAUACAAAAAUAUCUUUUUUGAUAUUAUAGUGUUCUUGAUAUUUCAAUUAAUGUAUGGCAAUAUUCUUUGUAUUUAAAAUAUAUGUAUAUGUACAUGUAUAUAACAUUAAGGUCCACAAAUUGUGAACGUGUUGCAAUAAACAAAUUAAUUGAAAUUUAAAAUUGUUCUUGUAAUAUUGAUACUUCUUUUGUAGUUUUUUUAUAAUUUUUAUUAUUUACAUAAAAAUGUAAUUUUUUUUUACAUAACUUAUCGAUGUACUUGGUAAUUUUUCAACCAAGUCAAAAUCAAAAAUCAGUUAUGAUGAAUACAUGUUGUUUACAAACAAUGCAAUCGUCAUAAUAAAGAUUUAACCUUAAUUACUUUGUACUUUAUUAUAGAGUAGUAUUAUUAUCAUAAAGACAAUUAAAUCGUUAGAGGAAGCUAUAAUAACGUAAAUAUGUUAAUUUUAUAUUGCAAUUAAUAAAAUUUAUGAAUGUUUCUUGAUUUUUCAAAUUUUUGCAUCUGAUUUGCUUGUUGAUUUAUCAUUACACACAUACUUAAUAUAAGUGUUUUUUUAUUUGCUUCAUUUUAUAUUUAAUUUGACUUAUUUCUAAUGAAAGCAAUAAAUAUAUGAAAUUGUCAUUAGUAACUUGUGUGUAUAAUAUAUUCUGUAUGAAAUGUAAUUAAGAUAUAACUGUUAUGAUUUGUUAUUAAAGUUAAAAUAUAAACAAUUUCUUAAUAUAAUAUAUACAUAUUAUAAUAAUAACAAAUUAUAAAAACAAAUUAUCUCACGAAAUUCUCAAGCAAUUAUUUAUAUUUAUUUUUUUAUUUAUAAUUAUACUUUUUUAAAUUUCAGAUUAUUUUUACAAUGAGUUUAUAUGAUGAUAUUCAAAAAUUAAGCAAAAUACCUGAGACAAAUGAGAAUGUUGUAUUUAUACGUCGAGAGGAAUCUGAUAUAGUUAAACGAAAUCCAAAAUUAAGGAAACUUAGACCUCCACGAAAUGAAAAUGUUAGUAAUUGUAUUGCUUCAGCAAAUUGUGGUAUUAAUUAUUCAAAUGAAAAACUUGAAGAACAUUGGAAAAUUAGACAAAAGAAAGCUAGUUUAUAUUCCAAAGACACUAGUUUUGAGAAGAACAUACAGUCUGAUAAUUGUGAUCAUAAAAAUUUAACUACAGAAAUUAGUAAUGAAAAUACCAAGAUUGAAGAUAAAGACAAUAUUGAAAAUGUUGAAAAUAUUUUAAAAAAAUGUAGACUUAAUAAAAAUGCAGUAAUUAAAGGGCUUCUAAAAAGUCAGAAAAUAUCAAUAAAUGACUUAUAUGUACCAAAUGAUUCCAUAGACAAAAAAGAUAACAUGCUGGAUGAAAAUAUUCCUUCAUCAAGUCAAGAAAAUUAUAUUGUUCAAUGCCCAGAAGCCUCAGAAGUAUUUGUUCCAUCUUUACAACUUGGUCCUAUAGCUGAAGAUAAAUAUAAAGAUAUUGACUUUACUGUACCACAUAUAGGUAAAAAAAAAGCAAUUACACCACUACAAUUUUAUAUUAAUAUGGAUGAUUCUGAAUUCAAUUUUGUAAAAACAGGUACAGUGAAAAAAAAACCCAAUUAAACAAAAAUAAAUAAUUUAAUUUUAUUAUUGAUUUUUUUACAUAAAUUCUGAAUAUUAAAAAAAAUUAAAUCAAAGUAUCUUUACUGUUAUUUUUUAAAUUUAGUAAUAUCGGUAUUAUAUAUUUUUCAAACAAUGGAUUACUUUAUGUUCCUCUAUUUUAAAGUAGAGAUUUCUGUUAGGAAACUAAAAAUUAUAUCUUUGUAAUAAAUGAUAUAUUUUUAUACAUACUUUUGCAAUAAUUAUAUAUGAAAUCACUGAAUAUUUAAGUUCCAUGUGUAUGAUUUUAUAUUUUUCAUACUUAAAAAAUGUAUUCGAAUAACUUUUUCAGAAUUUUAUUUGAUAAUUAAUUAGAUUUUUUCACAUUAUAAGGUUAAAUUUUUAUGAAUCAAGUAAUAAGCGUUAUAUAAGAUAUUGCAGAGAAUAAAAGGAGUUUGUACAUAGCAUUUUUUUAAUGUUACAAUAAAUACUUUUUUUUUAAAUUGUCACAAUAAAUACUUUUUCAUAUUGAUAUCUAAAUUAUGUAUUUUAGAUUUCCUUACGCAAUUUAGAAAUAUAUUUUUUAAUUAAAUUAGAAUAUUAUUAUAAUACCGUUUUGAUAUUACAAUACACUGAAAAUAAUAUUUAUUGUAAUUUUAAUAAUUUUAAAAUAUUUAAGUUCUUAAAAAAGUGUAUACAGUGUUCCACGACUCAUAGAAAACCGAUUGGGAAGUGGGAGGUAAUUCUAUAUGUGAAAAUGAAUUGAAAAGGAAAAAUAAAAUUUUUCUUUCCGAGCUUCGUUUUCAAGAAAAUCGACUGAAAUAUUUUUUAAGUUAAAUUUAGAUUAAAUUAAUUUAUAAUAACUGGAUAAAAAUAAAUACUUUAAUGAAUAAAAAUAAAGAUUAUUCUAUGUAAGAAAAUAAACGAAAAAUCUAAAAUACAAUUUUUUCACAAUAUGUUUUGUUUUUGAGAAAAUUCAAGAUGAAAAUUUAUCAUGUACACGUAUAAAAAAUUUUAAACGAAAUAUAUUCAAAACCUAUUUUCUUGAAAAUGAUACCUUAAAAUUUUCCAUAUUUUUCAUUUAUUUUUCUACGUGGAAUAUCUUUAUGAUUUGUCGCAUCUGCCCAAAACGAAAUUAGCCAAAUUUAGGUAUAUUUGAUAAAUUUUCAAAUUUGAUUUUUUUGGAAAUGAAGACUUUAAUGAAAAAAUUUUAUUCUUCUUUUUCUACUCAUUUUUACAUUUCGACUUACUUUCUCAGUUGGUUCAUUAUGAAUCACGAAUCAUCCUGUAUAAUAAAUUUUAUAAAAUUUUAUAAAAUAAUUAUAAAAAAUUUACAAAAAUUAAUUAUUUAUCUUUAAAAUAAGAUUAAUUGAAUUGAAUUUGUAAAAACCAGUAUUACCUUUGAUUUUACUUGUUUAAUUUGCAAUGAAUUAUUUUUUUCUACGUACAAUUUUUUGUAAUAAAUAAACCAUAAAAGAAAUAAAUAAUUUAUUUUUUUAAAACCUCAAAUAUAAAUCAUAUAUCUGAAAUGAAACUAAAAAGCUUUCAAGAAAAGGAAUUGAUCAAUUUAAUUUUUCAAAGGUUUCAUUUAUAUACAUAAAAUUAUAAAAUGAAAUAAUUUAAUGCUAUCAAUUCUUAUUAUUUUAACUAUUAUAUACAUUAGUAAGUUUAUCGUUUGUCAGGAAAUUAGUUAAAUAAUAACAUUUUUAAUUUUACUUUUCCCUAUAGUGUUUUAUUUAAUAAUACUUUUUUAAAUAUUUUUACACAUUGUGAUACAAAAUAAUAUAAAUAUUUUAUUACAAGUAAAUUAUUUUAGUAUUGUAGCUUUGCAUAAGAUACACAUUUUAUUGAACAGAAGUAACAAUCAAAUGGUAGAAGAG